GCGCGGCCGCGGCAGUUGCAGCGGGGCCAUCUUCGGCGAGCAGAGUGGCUGGGCCAGCACAGUCCGCACCUGCGCCUCUCCGCCUGCCCGAUGGCGCCGCGGCCGCUGGGCCCCCUGGUGCUAGCGCUGGGCGGCGCUGCGGCAGUGGUGGGUUCGGUGCUCUUCAUCCUCUGGAAGACCUACUUCGGCCGCGCACCGCAGCGGCGCUGGGACCGGGGCGAGGCCUGGUGGGGCGCGGAGCCUGCCCGUCUUCCUGAGUGGGACGACUGGGACCCCGAGGACGAGGAGGACGAGGAGCCUGUGCUGGAGGAGCUGGAGCAGCGCGAGGUGCUGGUGGUGGGUCUGGACGGCUCUGGGAAGAGCACAUUUCUUCGCGUGCUGUCAGGGAAGCCAGCGCUGGAAGGCCACGUACCCACCUGGGGCUUCAAUUCUGUGCGUCUGCCCACCAAGGACUUCGAAGUUGACCUGCUAGAAAUUGGUGGCAGCCAGAACCUGCGCUUCUACUGGAAGGAGUUUGUGAAUGAGGUGGAUGUACUGGUGUUUGUAGUGGACUCAGCAGACCGGCUGCGGCUGCCUUGGGCCAGGCAGGAGCUACACAAGCUGCUGGACAAGGACCCUGACCUGCCUGUCAUCGUGGUGGCCAACAAGCAGGACCUGAGCGAGGCCAUGAGUGUGGUGGAACUGCAGCAGGAGCUGGGCCUGCAGGCUGUCAACAGCCAGCAAGAGAUUUUUCUCUUAGCAGCCAGCAUUGCCCCUGCAGGACCUGGUUUUGAAGAACCUGGCACUGUGCACAUCUGGAAACUGCUCUUGGAGCUUCUCUCCUAGGCUGGAGUCUGCGUCCUCACCACCCAGCCUUAGGACUGCGGUUCUGCUGCUGCUGCUGCUUUUUCGUUGCCAGCGUGGGCCAGGAGUAAGAGCCAUGUAGCAGCACUUUCCUACUCCCGUUCUUGCUCUCUGAAGAGCAGGACCUGGGCAAGACCAAGAACCAUGCAGAUGCCCUCCUGAAGUGGUGAGGCUGAAGCAGGAAGGUGGGUGAAAUGGAAGAACAUAGUGUCUGGCUCAUUCCAUGCUGGAGUGUGGAUCCAGCUUUCCCUUCUCUUAACCUGUACAGUGAGAUGCUCCAUGGGUUCAAUCCUUCCCUCCCUGCAGGUCCUUGUGAUUGAAGAACCAUUGUAGGUGUACUCUUAGAGCCUUAAGUUCUCCUAGUCGAGAUUGUUCUCUCCUGGUGACAUAAUGCCCUUCUCGUGGGCAGGUCCAGGGUGGUAUGCAUUGAGCCCUUGCACCCAGUCCUGCAUCGUCCAACCCCAGCUCUGCCUGACUGGCUGUGGCCUUGUGCAAUCUCUGCCUUUCUGGCCCCAAGGCCAUGAUUUUUAAAGGGAGGUGAUUUCCAUGCUUUUUCCUAAAUUGAAGAUGCAUUUCUCAGCCAUGGCGAUCCUAACAAGGAGCUUUCUGAAGACCUUCUUGCUUCUCCCUGAACCAAAGCCUGGCCUGCCAGCCUCUCUUGACUACAGAAUAAGUGGUAUUCAUCCGCCAAAUAGAAAAAGUGAAGGCUGGGUUCUAUUUUUCCCGUAAUCUGGAGACGAGCUGCUGCUUGUGUACUAACUGUGCCAAGCCCACGUUUACGUAAGUCUGAGAAAGAAGGAGCUUAUGUCCCUGGAAAGAAGACUUGUCAACUGGAGCCAGGCAUUAACCUCAGAACUGCAUCUUAUUUAUUAAAGGAACAGGCCAAAGUUCAAGGCUCUGUUUCUAGGUGCUGUUAUCAAAACCCCAGAUGACUGGACCUAGGGUUUUGGAACUUUGAGGAACAUAGUUGGAAUCAUAAAUGACAGUGAGAUAACUGGCAGCUGUCAAUGGAGACAACGCUGUAGCCUUCCCCCCAACCCCAGCCCCUGCUAGCCUUGGCCUUUGAGGCUGUAAUUGGCAUCAUAACACUUCACAUUGAUUCACAUGAACUUAAACUUCACCCGUGGUGCAGGAUGCUGAAGGGACGCAAACCUCUUUUGGGUAGAUAACAAAUGACUUUGGGAGAAGAAAUUUCUAUCAUGUGAAUCCAGGUAAAAAGGUGAUAAAAAGUUUUUCAUCAUGUAAUCCAAAGGACAGGAAAAGCCAAGGCCAACAAGGUGGCCUUGAGCACAUCACUCAGCCUUCCUGGAUCCAUUUAUUUCCCAGCAAAAACAAAGAUGGACGGAAUUUCUGGGGUUCUGUUCAGUGCACAGUAAACAUUCCAUGCUUCUCCUGUGCUUGGUGAUAAGCCAAUUUAAGGACUGUCUGUAUUGACACUUAGUGUUGGUACAGGCAGAAGAAAGAGCCUGUUGUCUACGAACGGCCACUAAAUGACAGCCACAAAUGGAGAAUAGAGAUUUUGUGUCUUCAUUUUGUUUGACAUUCACCCAAAUGCUUUUGUUGCUUCAGUUUCAUAGGCAGCCAAUACUGGAAGAGGCACCAGAAGUCAGGGACCUGAGUGAGUGUGAUCAUUGGAAGAGUUUUCACCUGUGCCCCAGGAGCUGCAGAAACAUCAGAAUAGGGCACCAGCCCCAUAUGCCAAGGGUGGUGGGUUCAAACCCAGCCCCGGCCAAACUGCAACAAAGAAAAAAGAAAUGCUGAUUUAUGGCUUGGGGCCUGUAGCUCAAGUGGCUAGGGCAGCCACCACAACACCUAGAGUUGGCAGGUCCGAAUCCAGCCCGCCGCCAAACAACAAUGGCAAGUACAAUCAAAAAAUAGCCAGGCGUUGUGGUGGGCACCUGUAGUCCCAGCUACUUGGGAGGCUGAGGCAAGAGAAUCUCUGGAGCCCAAGAGUUUAAGGUUGCUGUGAGCUGUGAUGCCACAUCACUCUACCCAGAAUGACAGCUUGAGACUGUCUCAAAAAAAAAAAAGGCUGAUUUACUUUCUACAGUAAGAAAUGAUUUUAUUUGCUCUUUUAUUAAAAAUGUAGGGAUUUAGAAUAGCCUUUGAAACUUUGCUGGCAACUUUUCAUUUUGUUAAUGGAAGGGUAAGAAACUUCUUUGUUUUGUGAACACCUUUUUUCUCCAUGGCUUACAGAAAAAACUUAAAAGAAAAAUCUUAGACAAGUUAACUUUAAUGGAGUUUAAUUGAACUGAAAGAAAGUGAACUGGGUAGCACUUAGGACCAAAAGCAUUUCAAAAUGCCCCAUUCCACAAUGUGUGUAAGAUGUAUUUAUAGCCAGAGAAAUGCAAAUGACAUAGAGAUAGCCUGGUUGCCUAUAGUCUGGUGUUUGCCUUAUUUGGACAUGUUUUGGCAGCCCAUCCUGUGAUUGUCCAAAGGUUCAGCUGCUAUGACUAAAACUUGGCUACUUGUUUUAAGAGCAUGCUUUUAGAUUAGGUUGCAGGUUGUUUACACUUUAAGUUACAGUUCAGCUGUAUGGAGGCAGCUUUAAGCCAAACUUAGUUUAGUGAUUACCCCCCUUUUUGGUAAGACUCUCAAUUUUUAUUGACUGAAUACUACCUCUUGUCACCAUAAUAAUGGACUUGUUUGACCUCAGAAUAAAAUUUUAACUUUGCAAUGUUAAAUUAGU